GUGAUGCACCGCGACAUUUUAAACCCGUGGAGCGGGAAGUGUAUGGUGAGGAGCAGUGCUGUGACGUAUUUGCAACUUUUGCAAAAUUUUCUUUGUUUGAUUUUGGAAACUGACAGAAAAUAUGGAUGCUGCCAGCCUUUUCAAAACUCCUUGCAAACAAGAAGCUAAAAGUAAUCGUCCAGGUUCUGGGAAUGAAGGUGCCGUGUCUGUGGUCAUUCCAGCUUCACCUUUUAUGAAGAAACUAGGUUAUGGCACUGGAGUGAAUGUUUACCUCAUGAAACGAUCCCCUCAAGGUAUCUCUUGUUCUCCUUGGGCUGUGAAAAAGAUUAAUGCCAGGUGUGAUAAAAAGCAACAAAGUAUUUAUUUGAAGAGACUCCAGGAAGAGGCCAAACUUCUGAAAGACCUGGUACAUCCUAACAUUGUUGGAUAUCGAGCUUUUACUAAAGCAAAUGAUGGGACUUUGUGCCUGGCUAUGGAGUUUGGAGGAGAAAAGUCUCUGAAUGAUCUCAUAGAAGAGAGGGUUGAAAAUGGAAAGGGGCCUUUUCCUGCUUCUACUAUCCUAAAAGUAGCCUUGCACGUGGCACGUGGUUUGAAGUAUUUGCACAACGAGAAGAGACUCUUGCAUGGAGACAUCAAGUCCUGCAAUAUAGUCAUUAAAGGUGACUUCGAGACCGUCAAGAUCUGCGAUGUGGGCGUUUCUCUUCAGUUGGAUGAAAACAUGCAGGUGAGCAAGCCAAAAGCAAUAUACAUUGGCACUGAGCCAUGGAAACCAAAAGAGGCUUUGGAAGAAAAUGGAAUAAUUACAGACAAAUCCGACAUCUUCCCAUAUGGCCUUACUUUGUGGGAAAUGAUGACCCUUUCUAUGCCUCAUGUAAAUAUUUCUGAGGAAUCUUUUGAAGAUGAUGAAGAAGACAGUUUCAAUGAGGAUGCUUACUAUGCUGCUUUAGGAACAAGACCAGCACUUAACAUGGAGGAACUGAAUACUUCCUACCAGGCGGUUAUUGAGUUAUUUCUGCUGUGCACAAAUGAAGAUCCUAAGGAACGCCCCUCUGCCACACAGAUAGUGAAAGAACUUGAGGCACUGAUGAAAGUUACAGAAUAAGUGAAGUUUGCUGUAAAAUGCCUUAUCCUAAUUUUGAAGUACUUUAGAUUAAAUAUUGCACAGGUAAAAUACUUCUAGUAUAAACGUAUUUGGGUGGGAGUGGAGUUAAGAUUGGUAAAUUGAUUUUGAUGGUUUAAAAUAUUUAACAAACUGUAUGAAUGUUUAGAGACAAUACUUGUGUUUUUCUAAAUUUCAACAUCUGACUUAAUUUCUAGACAUGUGUCCAGUUUCACAUCUGUGUUUUGCUUUUCUAAUUCUUUUGAAUUUUAUGUUGUCUGAGUAAUUCAAUUUUAAAUCCCUUUACUAAUGUUCAAAACAAUUGAGCAAUUAGUCAUUCAUUUCUAUUAAAUAUUUGCUUACAGUUAGGUAUUUGAUAUUGUAAUAAAAUUAU